GCCGCCCGCGUUCUCCGCCGCCGCCGCCGCCGCCGCCGCGCCAUGUCGGGGUCCCCCGUGAAGCGCCAGCGCAUGGAGUCCGCGCUGGAGCAGCUCAAGCAGUUCACCACCGUGGUGGCCGACACAGGCGACUUCCACGCCAUCGAGGAGUUCAAGCCUCAGGAUGCCACCACCAACCCGUCGCUGAUCCUGGCCGCAGCACAGAUGCCCGCCUACCAGGAGCUGGUGCAGGAGGCCAUGGCCUACGGCAAGGCACUGGGCGGGCCCCAAGAGGACCAGAUCAAAAACGCCAUGGACAAGCUUUUUGUGUUGUUUGGAGCAGAGAUACUGAAAAAGAUUCCGGGCCGUGUGUCCACAGAAGUGGACGCGAGGCUCUCCUUCGACAAGGACGCAAUGGUGGCCCGAGCCAGGCGCCUCAUCCAGCUCUACGAGGAGGCCGGCGUCAGCAAGGACAGGAUUCUGAUAAAGCUGUCGUCCACCUGGGAAGGAAUCCAGGCAGGAAAGGAGCUGGAGCAGCAGCACGGCGUCCACUGCAACAUGACGCUGCUCUUCUCCUUCGCCCAGGCUGUGGCCUGCGCCGAGGCGGGCGUGACACUCAUCUCCCCCUUUGUGGGGCGCAUCCUGGACUGGCACGUGGCCAACACGGAGAAGAAGGCCUACGAGCCCCUCGAGGACCCUGGGGUGAGGAGCGUCACCAAGAUCUACAACUACUACAAGAAGUUCGGCUACAAGACCAUCGUCAUGGGCGCCUCCUUCCGCAACACGGGCGAGAUCAAGGCGCUGGCCGGCUGCGACUUCCUCACCAUCUCGCCCAAGCUGCUGGGGGAGCUGCAGAGAGACAGCGCCAAGCUGGCGCCUGUGCUCUCGGUCAAGGCGGCCCAGGCCAGCGACCUGGAGCAGGUGCACCUGGACGAGGCGGCCUUCCGCUGGCUGCACAACGAGGACCAGAUGGCCGUGGAGAAGCUCUCCGACGGGAUCCGCAAGUUCGCCGCCGACGCCGUGAAGCUGGAGCGCAUGCUCAUGGAGCGCAUGUUCAGCUCAGAGAACGGCUCAGAGAACGGCAAGUGAGACCCCGGCUGGACCCGAGCCGCGCCCUCCAGGACGGGCCGGACGCCUGGCUUGGCGAAUCGUUUUGUAGCAAUCGGAGCGGGGAUGGACACAGGUUUCUGAUUUUAUGUAAAUUCUGCCUAACGCAUUAAAGCAGUCACUUUCCUUAC